CGCUAGUGGAGGAAGAAAGAAUGCUGUCUUCCUCCGCAUAUGGAGGAAACUGGCAGCACUUUCCUCGAAGAGCCGAAGCCUCAAGGGCGUUCAUGCGAUGCGACAGCACAGGAAAGCAGGAUGGGUGUUAGGCUCCGCCUCAGAGGUCGCGGGAGCCGCGGCAGCGGCAGACACUGGAAUCAGCGCCAAGGAAACACCUAAGGACGAUUCAAUGAAAGCUGUAGCCUGUAGGAAGGACGUUAGUCCUUAGCACGUCUGCGUUGAUCGUUGAUGAGAUAAAGGCACUGCGGAGGGACUACAGCAGCAUGCAGCAGCGACAAGUAAACUAUGCACUGGAGACAGACCAAGACAGUCGCAGAGUCUGAUAAAUGGGCGCCUAUCGACAGAAGUUGGAGGGAAGCGCCCAAGUCCGCCACGACUUCAGUGGAACUUUGAAGUCUGGGUAGAUAACUCAACGAUGAUCUGGAUUUGAAGCUAGAGUGAAGCUGAGCAAAGCAAAACUCAUCUUGGCCUGAUAGUUAUCUUACCAACACUGCUAUCAAUUUUGUCACGGCCUAGCCCGACCGCUUGGUCUCUUCUGGCCCACCGUCCGCCGGCUGAGUGGUCAUCAUGCCGGCGCUGUGGCUGGACCGUCUGCCGCUGCCCAACCUGCCGGCCUACACCGCCAUCAGCGUCACACUGCUGCUCUGCUCCGUCUACUUCGCCGUCACCACCCAGGAUCGCUUCGAGAGCGACGCCGUGUCCCGGCUGACGUUCGCCGAGGCGCUGCAGAGACGCUGUCUGCUACCACCUCCGGUGAAUGAGUCGGCACACGAUCAGCGCACACGACUGACCGACUACUUCGUUCUACUGGCGACGUACCCGACCCAGCGCGCGCUGCUACAUGAGUUCCUCCGGCACAAACUCCGCUCGGAUUUUCUGUACUGGCCGACGGUCGCCACCGAUUGGGGAGAAUAUGGAGAGCGGGCGCCCGAAUCGACCGCUAGCUCGAGUGUGUUCUUCGCGCCCACGAUCUACUACAGGGAUCCGGGAGCUUGGACGGCCGCGCUGCCGGAGCCCGGCAUUCAGGCCAACCUGGUCAAAACGCUGGCCUUCAUGAUCCACGAGCCGCUCUGCCUGUGGACCCUGAUCAACAUGGCCUACUGUCUGCUGGUUCUGCUGGGAAAAUCCAUCCAGCAGAGCAUGUUCGGUGAGCUGCGGGUUUCCGAGCAGACCCAGCUCAAGGACAAGUUCUGGAACUUUGUCUUCUACAAGUUCAUCUUUGUGUUCGGUGUCAUCAACGUUCAGCACAUGGAUGAGGUGGUGCUGUGGUGCUCGUGGUUUUCGGCGCUGGGCUUCCUGCACCUCCUCACUCAGCUGUGUCGGGAUCGGUUUGAAUACCUGUCGCUCUCGGCGAGCACCCCCCGUCGCACCCACGGCCGGCUGCUCUGUCUGCUCUCGGCCAUUCUGGCGCUCUCUCUGGCGCUGCUCGUCAUCUGCGUGUAUGUCGGACUGGUGGCCAGUCUCAACACGUUCGCCUUCAUGGCUGCAGAGUGCGUGCUGCUGCUGAUCCGUACGUUCCACACAAUGAUCCGGUACGCCAUCCACCUGUAUGACGUGGCGCAGACGGCCCAGUGGGAGCGCAAAGGGUCGCUGGUGUACCUGGCUGAACUGAUGUUUGAGGUCACUGAGCUGGUCAUCGACCUUCUCCACCACGUUCACAUGCUGCUCUGGGGCAACAUUAUCCUCAGCAUGGCCAGCCUGAUCAUCUGCAUGGAGCUGCGGCACAUCUUCUAUCAGCUGCGACACCGACUGGCGCGGCACUCGCACUACCGACGCGUUGUCAGAUACAUCGAGCUGGAGUGUGUGCAGGCCACGCCGGCCGACAUUGACGGCGACCAGUGCGCCAUCUGCUGGGACGCUAUGGAGACCGCCCGGCGGCUCGACUGUAAACACUGCUUCCACGCGACGUGUCUGCGCCGGUGGCUGGAGCAGGACCCGUCCUGUCCCACCUGCCGGAAGGGACUGGAUCUGAGCGGGCAGACGGCCAGCGGACAGCCACGCGCUCAGCAGCAUCACCGGCCGCACUGGCAGCAGCACAGAGGUCGUUUCGUGUCGUUCCUGCCCAGUUUCUCAGUAGAGGUGAACCACACGCAGCUACUGCGCGCCAACCAGCAGGAGGUGCCCCCCGCCUCGCAGCUCGACUCCAUGGCCAGACAGGUGCAGCAGCUGUUUCCUCACGUGUCACUGUCGGCCAUCACCGAGGACCUGCAGCAGUCCGGCUCCAUGGAGGCGACGGUGGAGAACAUUCUGGAAGGUUCUGUCCACGACCAUCCGGCGCCGCCCAUGUUCACCAGCGACGAGCUGGCGGAUGACGGCGGCGGCUGGAGCCGUCCGGACGGGGACGGCGGGGAUGGCAGAGAGGAGAAACCGUACCGCCACCACGUCAGACCUGAGGCGGAUCCGGAGCCGGAGCCGGAGCCGCAGUGGCCAGAGGCGGUCGCGCCCGGCGGCUCGCGGUUCUCCAAGAGCGCCUCAGAGCGUCAUACGCUACUGCAGCGGAGGAAGGCAGCCAUGCUGGAGCGGGCCCGGCGGCGCUACUUGGCGACUCAGUCUGACGGCGGUGACAGCGGAGGGACCGUCUCGACCAGCUCGGACGAUAGUGGCGCACCUGCGGCGAGUGAGGCACUCCGACCGGCCGCGCUGGUUGGCCGAUGAUUCAGAUUGGAGCAAACAGACUGAUCGAACAGACUACACAGACUAGUCAGACUGGUCACAGACUUUUCAGACUAGCUGACUGAUGUGGGAUUGGUGAAGAAUCGCCGGGGCUGGCGGGCGCCCAUGGGAUCCCGCGCGGUCAGUUUACGGGUAGACACGACCCAGGAACGGCCGAAUUAAAACGCCGCGACUCACGCGGUGGUCUCUGUACUUAGACCCUCCGCUGUCCGUUGGAGGUUUUGUGUGUUGAUGAUGAUGAGUGUCGCUUCCAAGAGUGUAUUCGCACGAACGAACGGAAUGGGAACGCGAAGGUUUCCAGAAGGAACCGGUGGGGACGGGGGCAGUCUGUAGUGACGCCAGCGGCCGCUCCCCGUCCCCCGGAGACGGUUUGGGCUGUGAAGUUUGCUGUCGCUGCCGGCUUGCGUCGCUCCAGCCUCUGCUGCUAGUCGUACGAGUUGUGGAUCGGUGGACGUCGAAGGACAAGUAGAGAGUGUUGUGGUCGCAGCGAAGUCUAUUUUGUCGAUAUAAAACCGCUGAUUACGCGAACAAUAUUCGUCGUCCCGCCACAAGAGAAGUCUGCCUCUUCUUUUGGAGACUGGUACUUAGUCGUUUUGUGUGCCGUGUCAGCUCGUGCCGUUAUAGGUCACCUAGCGAUAAUGUGUUUGUUCGGUCAUUAACGGGCGUUCGUUCCCGCGACGCCAAGUCAUUGGAGAUAUUUUUGUAACAGCCUGCGGGGAUCCCGCUGUGCCGGGCUUCGGAGGACCUACCCGUGUGUGUCUAGAUUCCGUUCUUGCGCCGGCCCGGCUUUGUUUCUGCUUGUUAGACGCGAGUCUAUUAUCUCUGUCGCUGGGCAUUAUGAGAAAUGAUGCUCCUAUCGGUGUGUUGGGUCGGAAGGGUGCCGGUCAGCAUGAACCCAUGUUUGUGUGUCUGUGUGAUUUGAGUGGCUGCAGUGGGGAGUUCCCUGCCGUCGGUCUACCUCCAGUGCACCUGUUCCCCGCUUUGGUCAGACUGACACCCUGGCCUGGCUUCUCGUCUCUUUUGCUUUAUAUAAUAUAACAAGACUUCUUUGCA